AUGGUGCCAGUAUAUAGCGGUCUCGCACUAUCAUGGACCGAGCGUCUCCAAUCCGGUCGGAGAUUUGGAAAAUAUGAUUUUGGACGCUUUGAGCGUCUAGAGGGCUCGUCUCAUUACCUUGGUAAAGGGAAAAUUGGAGAUGUGGAAGUUGCGUGCAAGUUUCUAUUCAGAGAGUCGCGAUGGGGUGUUUUAACCCCGGAAAAGAAUCCGGGUGGCAUAAUCUACCUGGACUUGAGCUUUACUGAGCCGCUAGACUGUCGCCUUAAAAACGCAAUUGUCUCACUGACCUUGGACGAAGAAGACGAAGACCUACAACGUUAUGGUAAUUCAUCGGCCAAAAUCACUGUUCAUAUAAUUGAGCAUGGCCCGAAGAACCUUUACGGAGAGCUGGAUUCAGCUUCCAAGAUCACGAAACACUCUUUUAAUCCUCACGUGGAAGUCGGUGGUAUUUUUGGAGCUGGUGGUGUCGGGCGAGAUUCGAUGAAGCAAUAUAUACACCGGAGCCAAUGGAAGUUCUCAAGUUCGUCGACGCCUAACAAAUUGGCAAGACCGACGAUUCUCGAAUGGCGUCUUCUUGAAAGCAAUCUAGAUAGUCAGCUAAGAUACGACAAUACGUUUCAUACGGCAUUCGCAUUCGAGCAUGAUGGGGUGACGCACGCAUUUAAAAAAUUCAAGUUUCCCGUCAAGCCUCAGUUCGCGACGACGAUGGUAGAUUUUGGUGGUAGAAAGAACCUCUUCCAAUAUCCCCUUGAUGAACUGGCUAAAAAUAUACCUUCCGAAAUGGACAAAAAGAACGCAAAACUCGUUCAAGUUCCCAAGAAUUCUUCGGGCGCCAACUUGUCUUACGAGAUCUUGGAGGCAGCAGAGCCAGGCGACGAACAAGAGGAUAACCAAUUCAACUACGAUCUACCGCCCAUUACAUGCAGCUUGGGUUCUUCAGAGUCUGUAGAAUUACAGGAUCUUAAAAGAGUCUCAUCGGCGUUACUUUCUCUAAGAGAGCCUAUAACAAGACAAUCUACAUCAGCCCCUAAAUUAGAAAUACCAUCGCCGGCCAUGGACCAACACUCAGAAUCUACAAGCCGAGAACCGUCGUCUCUCAAUGGCAGAGUCAAAACAUCAGCCAACCUAGACAACCCCCCGGGCCAGAAACAUGAUGAAGUGGACCGAAGCAUAACUGUAAUCAAGUCGCAUACAAGCCACGAGGAGUUCGAAAAGCUUAUUAGAGAUACCGCACUACCGAAAGUAUCCCAGCUAAUAAUUCUAUGGAUUCUUACUAUUGGGCUAAGGUUGUCUCCCUCUGCAAGGAAGGACGUUCAAACAAGUGGAGAGAAGAGUUAA